AUGCUAACACUACUUAACAUUGCUUUGUCGUGUAUUGAUGUGCUUGACAUUAUAUAUAUAUAGGCUUCUGCUUGAUUUUUAAUUUCUCUUUAUCUGUCUAUAAAUAAUAGAACAAAAUCUUAGUACAUUAAAUCAAGAUGUAUCAUCAAUGGGUAUUGAAUUACCAUCGAAAAAUAUCAAAUCAACUAUAGCACUUUUGGAACGUUCCAGUAUUGAAUGGCAAACAAAAUUAGCACGUCUUACAGAACAACUUGGUCGAAGUGAAAGUCAAUCGAGAAAUUAUCAAAGAGAAUUAACAAAAUGCCAAAAACAAUUAUAUCAAGCUGGUUUAGCUGAAUCAUCGAUGCGUCAGCGUCGACAUAGUGCAGAUGAUUCAGUUAUACUGGGUUUAAAUGAAUCAAAUAAAAAAAAUGAUGAUCUUACAAAAAUCGAAAAUAUCGAUGAACUUAAAGAAAUAGUUCGUAAUCAACGUAAAUAUCUACAACAAUUACAAACACAUGUUCGUAUUAAUACACCAGAUCUACUUCAAUUACCAACAUUAGAAAAAUUUAAUGAACAAAUUCAAAAUUUAAAUCUUGUUAUUGAUACUUAUAAAAAUGAAUCGAAAUUACUUAAAAAUGAACUUCAAAAACUCUAUACAACUAUUGAACAUAACAAAAUUACGUCGCAACAAUAUGAAAAACGUUUUAAAGAUCAACAAAUUUCUUUUGAACAAUUAAAAAAUCUAUUACAAAAAUAUGAACAAAUAAUACAAAAACAUAAUCUUCAUAUACCAAUAUUUGAUGAAAGAAAAGAACAUUUAAUGAAUCCAACUGAUGAGUAUAUUAUCGACUUAGAUAUUGAUAUUAUACAAGGAAAUAAUAAAAAAAAAAGUAGAUAG